GGAACACUACCUUACAUCAAUCAUGAAAUUAUGGUAACCGCGUCCACUUCACGGGGAAACAGAAUUGCGACUGUAACAACCCAACAUAAAUCAAUCAGAUUCAAAAGGAAAAUCAAAUAGAGGCAGCUAUUUACUCAAAAGUUACGAAAUGAAUGGCUACCACAAUUCCUGUUGUCAUGACUGCAACACAUGCGGCAACAUUACAAUGUUGUCAACCGUUACCGACAAAAGUAGGCCGCAAAUAUAUGAGGAAAUACCAAAAGGAAGAAGACAUUUCGCUAAGGCACACUUGAGAACCUCCCUAUUUGGAUCCGAGAACGAGGAUCAGGAGCCAAAUAUUGCAAGCGAAUGUUUAAAGAAAUGCUGGUCGACGUCGAAGGCUAACCAUUUUGAAUCAAGCAAUGUUGCCAAUGUUAAAGAAAGUGAGGAAACCAAUUCUCCGGAAAUGCAGCAGAAACACCAAGCAGGAACGAAGGAUUACAAACGGAGCUUAAAGUUUGCUAAUUUGGAUUCAAGUGACAAUGAUGAUGAAUUUGUCGCAAAUCAGAUGAAUGGGUUAACGGGAUCACAGAAUACCGCUUUGACAGAAAGCAAAGUUAAGGCCAUCGAAUCACCAAGCUCCAACAUUUCAUCUAAAGGAGAAUACAAACACUGCUAUUUACCGUGGAAUCAAAAUCAAGCGGAAAACCUGUCCGCGCUGCGCUCUCCACACAACGACUUGGAUCAAGCAAGCCAGCUACGCGCAACAGAAAUAAAGAACUUCGAUGAUGGUGAUUUGAUAGAACAGGCAACACUUCGAGCAAAGAGGAGGGAAUGGGAACGAAAUAGGUCCAAAGUAUCCAACGAUGAUGUGUUGGUGAGCAUGGAAACAAAAAAGAAAACGUACGUACCAUUACAAGCACCAUGGUACACUGACCCCAGUGAAGAAUUUGGAGGCACCACACUACAACGGGCUUCGCUGACUCACCGUUUGGACUCCCAAACUAACACAACGAACGGAAACAGCAGACAUCAAGCUGAUUCCCCAAGACGAAUCAAAGAAAGGACAGAACUGGAACGAUCGGUGGUGGCGGUCUCAUCGCUACCCGCCGUCCCAUACGCACAACACUACUGAGCAAACCGCUUCAGAUUCAGCACACAGCCAACACAAGUUAUCCACACUGUCUUUGGCACGAACAGAGAUGGACACAGAAGAGUCAUGAUCGAGUCACAGUAGUAAUGCUCAACGGAUGCCCACCAGAUCCCAGUAGCUUAACUGGAUUGUCCCAACAUUUCAUCAAUCUAUUGACAAGCAUUUUCAUUCGCGCGGCAUCAUAAUGUCCAAUUGUCCAAACAAAUAUAUACAUGUGUGAAAGACCACUUGGUGCGAUGCGAUAAGUGGAUAACGACGGUAGAUGAAGAAUGCUCCUUGUUUAUAGUUUAAUACCAAAACGACAUGGAAAU